AUGAUAAUAUGUUAAAACAAAUAUGUUUUAUAUUUUAAGGGAAAAUAAAAUUAUCAUUUUUAGGACAAUAAAAUAUUAUAAAUAAAUAAUUAAUUAAGAUGGGUAACUAAUCUUAAUAUUGAAAAUGUACAAAUUAUGAAUCAAUUAUCAUAUAUUAACUAAACAAAUCGCAAUUAUAUAUAUUUGAAUAUUAUUCUAGAAUUUAAAUCAUUAUCAUCAAAUAAUACUAAUUUUGUUUCACUUUCAAUGAAUAAUUCAGUUCUUAUAUAUAAAUGGAAGAAUAAAUAAAUAAUGUAAAUUGGAUUAAAAUUGAAUAUAAAUGUUUCAUUCAAUUGUUAUAGCGUUCAUUUAUCAAUGCUAUUUAAUAUUUUACUUGAUUGUUAUUAGAACAAUUAAUUUUAUUUUAUGAAUAUAAUGCAAUUUUUUGUAUUCCUCUUAAGAUUAUAAACCUAUCAGCACUAAAUUAUAGUCUAUUGUUGA